ACAAUGUGUACACACUGACAAAGCAGCCGCAGCCAACUUCACGUUGGUUAUGACUGGUAAAAAUCUGUUUGUGUUGCCGACUAAAUAAAUUCAUUUCUAUCUGCAAAUAUCAAACUAAAAUAGCAAAAUGGGCCAAAACCAAUCGGCACAGGGGGGAGCUGGAGAUAAGAAGGAUGACAAAGACAAAAAGAAGAAAUACGAGCCACCAAUUCCGACUCGCGUUGGCAAAAAGAAGCGACGCGCAAAGGGUCCAGAUGCAGCCAUGAAACUUCCCCAAGUGACACCCCAUACACGCUGUCGCCUUAAGCUGCUCAAAUUGGAGCGGAUAAAGGAUUAUCUGAUGAUGGAGGAUGAGUUCAUACGCAACCAGGAGCGCCUCAAGCCACAAGACGAGAAGAACGAAGAGGAACGAUCCAAAGUGGAUGACUUGCGUGGCACCCCCAUGUCUGUGGGCAACUUGGAGGAGAUUAUCGAUGACAAUCACGCCAUUGUCUCGACUUCCGUCGGUUCCGAGCACUAUGUCAGCAUUCUGUCGUUUGUCGACAAGGAUCAACUGGAGCCUGGUUGCUCGGUGCUCUUGAAUCACAAGGUUCACGCUGUGGUUGGUGUUCUCAGCGACGACACAGAUCCCAUGGUUACGGUCAUGAAGCUAGAGAAGGCGCCGCAAGAAACCUACGCUGACAUUGGUGGCCUGGACACACAAAUCCAGGAGAUCAAAGAGUCCGUUGAGCUUCCCCUAACGCAUCCCGAAUACUACGAGGAAAUGGGUAUCAAGCCACCAAAGGGCGUCAUUCUCUACGGUCCUCCCGGUACAGGGAAGACCCUUCUCGCCAAGGCUGUCGCCAAUCAAACCUCGGCUACUUUCCUGCGUGUCGUCGGCUCCGAACUCAUACAGAAGUAUUUGGGCGAUGGCCCCAAACUUGUGCGUGAGUUGUUCCGCGUGGCCGAGGAACAUGCCCCGUCCAUUGUAUUCAUUGACGAGAUUGACGCUGUGGGCACUAAGCGAUACGAUUCUAAUUCGGGUGGCGAGCGUGAAAUUCAGCGCACUAUGUUGGAGCUGCUCAAUCAACUGGAUGGUUUCGAUUCGCGUGGCGAUGUCAAAGUCAUCAUGGCAACGAAUCGCAUUGAGACACUCGAUCCAGCACUAAUACGUCCGGGACGUAUCGAUCGUAAAAUCGAGUUUCCACUGCCUGAUGAGAAGACAAAGCGACGCAUCUUCACCAUACACACAUCGCGUAUGACUCUCGCCGAGGAUGUGAAUCUGAAUGAGCUGAUCAUGGCCAAGGACGAUCUGUCGGGCGCUGACAUCAAGGCCAUUUGCACCGAGGCUGGUCUGAUGGCGCUCCGCGAGCGUCGCAUGAAGGUCACCAAUGAGGACUUCAAGAAGUCGAAGGAAAGUGUCUUGUACCGAAAGAAGGAGGGCACGCCCGAGGGACUCUAUUUAUAAGUGAAUCAAGUUUUCAGUUAACACAUAUUGUAAUUCCUAAUCACAGAAACACGCAUUAAACUCCAGGUUAAUAAUUAAA